CUGCUCGAUCGGAUGCCCGAGAGGGAUCUGGUGGGCUGUAACACGGUGCUCAUCGCCGACGCCCACGACGCCAAUGUCGCCAGCGUCGAGCGAUUGUUCGCGGCGAUGGAGGAGGGCGAUGUGGUGUCAAGGAACGCGGUGAUGCUCGCGCUGGUGCUGUGCGAUCGCGAGGAGGAGGCGCUGGCAGGCUUCCGGAUCAUGGAUCUAGAUGGCAUACAGCCCAAUCGCGUGACGUUUCUCUCGAUCCUGGACGCGUGCUCGUCGCUCGCCUCGAUCGAAUUCGGCCGCGUCGUGCACGCUUGCAUCGUCGAUUCGUGCUUCGCGGGCGAUGUUCACGUCGGGACGUCGCUGGUGACGAUGUUUGGGAGAUGCGAGCACGCCCAAGAGGCGGACGCGGCGUUCCACGCCAUCGUCGCGAAGAACAUCCUGGCCUGGACUGCGAUCCUAUCCGCAAAUGCUCUCUCCGGGCAUUUGGAUGCCGCGAGAAUGGUAUUUGAUCUUCUUCCACUUCGCGACCUCGCGGCCUGGAACGCUAUGAUCACUGGAUACGCGCAGUUCGGCCACAGUGAUCCAGCGCGAGAGCUCUUCGAUCAGAUGCCGGAGAGGAAUGUGAUAUCCUGGACUGGAAUGAUCUCCGCGUAUGCCUAUAGCGGGCAUCGUCGCGAAGCUCACGAUCUCUUCAAAGCCAUGGAUCUUCUCGGCCAGCGACCGAACAAGAUUACGUAUCUCAAAGCGCUCGAGGCCUGCGCUGGGGGGAUCACCGCCGCGGAGGCCCGGACGAUCCACGCCAAGGCGAUCGAGAGUGGAUACAGCAGUGACACCCAAGUCGCGGUGGGACUCUUGAAUCUCUUCGAGAAGUGUGGAAGCCUUGCGAUCGCGGAGAGAGUUUUCGAUGAUCUUGGCGAGAGGAAGACGGUGGUGGCGUGGAGUAUCAUGAUCAGCGCCUAUGCCCAGUCCGGGCGUCCCUGGAGAAGCUUGGAGCUCUUCACGGAGAUGGUGCAGAGUGGUGUGAUGCCAACGGAGAUCACGGUCGUGAACUUGCUCUCGGCUUGCAGUCACGGCGGGUUCUUGUAUCACUCGUGGCUGUUCUUCGUGUCCAUGGUUGGCGACUAUGGUCUGUGUCCGAUCUUGGAUAACUACGUGUGCCUGGUGGAUAUCUUGGGACGGACAGGGCAGCUUUUGCUGGCGCAAGAGUUGCUCGAAGCGAUGCCGUAUGAGCCGAAUGAUAUCGCGUGGACUUCGCUGCUAAGCUCUUGUAAGACGCAAGGCGAUGGCGGGCGCGGAGCUAGCGUUGGGGACCAGGUGAUGGAUCUGUGUCCGAAGCACUCUGGGCCGUAUAGACUCGUCUGGAAUGUGUGCGUUGGUGGUCUGGAAGAAGGAAAUGGAUUAGCUCUUUCUGGUAUAGGAUCUGGAACAAUCCAAUGCGCCAUGGGCCACUUUGGCGAGAAAGGAGGAGGCAGCGUCACCAAUCCCGCCAUCCCCGACGGCGAUCGAUGCCUCCAGCUGCGCGAAGAGCUGGUCCCGUGCUCCGCGUCGCUCUACGGGAUCUUGCCGCCGGCCCCCAGCGCCGAGUGCUGCAGCGCGCUGUGGUCGCUCACCACCGAGGCCGUGUGUAGCUGCGCCGUCGGCCCCGUGGGGUGGAAGGAGAUCUUCCUCCGCGUCAUGGGAGAUGGAGGAUUGAUCAACAUACCCGCGGCGCUGCGCAUCCCAUUCCAAUGCAAGGGAUUGUGGUUGUGCGAGGUACGUGGAUCGAUUGGGCGUGCGGCAACGGCGAGGCGGUAUCCUUGCGCUCUAGAUCUGGCGAUACGCGACGAUUUAGGCCCGGAUUCAUCACUGGAUCGUAGAGCGGGCGAUGAUAUAUCGCCAAUGGGACAGGAGGUGUUGAGCGAGAAUUGGGCCGAGGAAGAACGGCUGGCCGUGGUGCCUCUCGAGGGUGCUAGCGCUUCCACUCCAGAUGUGUCUGUUGGACUCAUGGGUGGGCGCUCCUCGGAUGUUUCUCCCGUGAAGCAUCAAAACUUUGGUCUGGAGGUUGAGAAGGAGAACGACGACUUCUUUGGGGGUUCUAGCAGUGGCAGCCGGAAUGGCAGCAGGGGUCUUGCUGGCCUCCAGAAUCUCGGGAACACUUGCUUCAUGAACAGUGCUCUCCAGUGCCUGGCUCACACUCCGGAGCUCGUGGAGUACUUCCUCCAGGAUUAUGAUGACGAGAUCAAUCCGGCGAACCCACUCGGGAUGGAGGGUGAACUGGCUGUGGCGUUUGGAGAGCUUAUAAGGAAGCUAUGGGCAGGAAGAGAAGUUGUCGUGCCGCGUCCGUUCAAAAACAAGCUUUCUCGAUUCGCUCCACAGUUUAGUGGAUACAAUCAACAUGAUUCGCAGGAGCUCCUGGCCUUUCUUCUGGAUGGACUGCACGAAGAUUUGAAUCGCGUAAAAUCAAAGCCAUAUAUUGAAGUUAAAGAUAUUGAUGGACGACCGGAUGGAGAGGUUGCAGAUGAGUACUGGGCAAUCCAUAAGGCGCGCAACAACUCGAUUAUUGUGGACCUUUUCCAGGGACAAUACAAAUCGACUUUGGUCUGCCCCGUUUGCGCGAAAGUAUCGGUUACAUUUGACCCCUUCAUGUAUCUAUCCUUGCCGUUACCAGAGAAACAACAACUGAUGAGCGUAGCAGUCACGGUGUUCAGUGGAGAUGGGAGUGCUUCUCCGGAGGUUCAUACGGUUCAAAUACCCGGACCCAAGCAAGCACGUCCUAAGGAUCUUAUUCACGCAUUAAGCGUGGCUUGCACUCUAGAAGAAAACGAAUAUCUGUUCGUUGUGGAGGUAUAUAAUAAUCGGAUCUAUCGUGUAAUUUCUGAAUGUCCCAGUGCUCCACUUUCACUAGCUAAUGGGGAUCGUCUGGCUGCGUUUAGGCUAAAGUCGUUCCCUGGCAAAACAACGAAGCUUAUUCUUUACCAUGGCACUCUUGAGGAGACAAUAGGAAAGCAGUUUAAGCUUUAUGGUUCUCCACUUGUCACUGCCAUACCUGAAGCGGGGCUUAGUGAGGGUGCUGAGCUUUACAAUCUCGUUGCCAAGGUUGUGAGUCCGUUGAAGCGGGAAGCCGAAGUGAACAGUUCUCCGGAAGAUUGGCCAUUUCGUUUGUUUAUAACAGAUGACAAGGCCUCUACGGUGGAUCUGCUAAUAGACCCACAUAUGCCACUCCCUACGUUCAACUUUUCGCCGAGAGAACACAGAUAUUUGAUUUUAGUAUGGUCCCCAAGCGCUAAGGAUCAGUAUGGCUUCAAAGAGCUAGAGAACCUGGCUCCAGUAACUAUCCCCGAUUCAAGAAGGCGAGAACCAAUAUCCUUGUACGCUUGCCUAGAGGCAUUCAUGAGAGAGGAACCUUUGGGACCGGAUGACAUGUGGUUCUGCCCGAAAUGUAAAGAACACCGUCAAGCAAGCAAGAAGCUGGAUCUCUGGAGGUUGCCAGAGAUUCUGGUGGUCCACCUGAAAAGGUUCUCUUACAGUCGGUACUCAAACAAGCUGGAAACGCUGGUGGACUUCCCUGUGCACGACUUGGAUUUGAGCAAGUACGUAUCACACCGGACAGAUCCAUACGAGCUUUUCGCCGUGAGCAAUCACUACGGAGGCGUGGGUGGCGGUCAUUACACUGCAUAUGCAAAGUUGUGCAACGAGAACAAAUGGUACAACUUUGACGACAGCUGCGUUAAUCCCAUGAGCCCCGAUUCCAUAAAAACAACGGCAGCGUAUGUCCUGUUCUACAGGAGAAAGCGGCUCGGUACAAACCCAGCGCCAGAUCCUUGCGUAAGCCGGGGAGUAUCGUCUUUAAGCAUGAUAUAGUUUUUUUCUUAUUUUUUGGCGGAUUAUUAACAUCAGUCCAGUGAGGCCUUUUCAGCAGAAGCUAUUGAUAAUUCGGCUGAAAGCAAGAGUUAAACAAACAAGUGAUAAUAGAUUCUCCUUCCCACGUCGGCGGCCGCAUGGUUCCGGCGGUUGUGAA